GUAAAGAAAGACGCAGCCGGCCAUAGGGGCAGGACAGCAACAAUAAUAUCCAAGCGCCGACUGGCGAGUCAACACAUUGCAGCAGACUAGUUACCGUCGCCGCCGUCCUGAAGAUCUGUCCAGAUCCUAUCGGUACGGGUCUUAUUUCUGUGCGAGUCGUUGGUCGGCAAAGUUUCCGCUUGCCUUUGUUCGAAUCUCGAACAAGACUCGCUCUGGCCAAGGUAUCGAAGUCUGGGCCAUCCGUCUGUUCUGCCGACUACUUCAGUCGACACAGAACCCUAGGGAAACACUCCCCCCAUGGCUUCCAUCCAAGUAUCUAUAGGAGCGAUGGACGACGCCAAUCCGAGCCUCUCGCCCUCGUCGUCGGCGAGAAGAAACAGCCUUGCUGUCCUCUCGCGCGCUUCGUCGACACCGCCAAGAGCAAACAUCGAGCCCCUAUCACUCUCAUCCCCCUCCUCUUCGUCCGCUUACGACGCGACAGGCGAGGCAAGUCAUCCAAUGGCAUCCUACUCGCUUGGCCGCAAGACCUAUCUGCCUCUCGUCACGCCCGCUCUGGAUCGCAGCGAGCCCUUCUUCCACGACCACAAGGUGGGGACAGGCAACCGAAAGCCUCGUAGAACAAGCAUGCCAGCUUCUGCGUCGCACGCGAGGAUGGAUCUGGAUGACCUCGUGCGUGAGGCACAGCGAAGGAGCAGAUUGGUCCAGCGCAGAGACCUGCACAUCCCUCACGACGCUGUCUCUCGGCCGCUGUUCAAUGCCAUCAUUUCCAAUCUCAGCAACGCCUCAUCGCCCGCGGCUGCGUCCGACAAGGCGGCCAGAGUCGCCGCCGAUCUCAUUGCACUGCGCAGACGAAGUGCGCUGCAAACGUCGUCCCACUCCCACAAGGCUGCUGCUGCUGUGUCGCAGCCGAACUCACCCACUCCUACCUCGGCCGCACCAGCAUCUCUGGGAGCGAUGGCAUCUUCCGGCGACUCAUCCACGGCGACGUCGUCGUCGGCGGCCAGCCAGAGGCGCGCCUCUGUGCGCUCGCAGCAGCUCUCCCUCCUGGCCUCGCAGGCUCGCAUGGUGAGCGUGGGCUCGAGCAGCGUAAAGACUGCCAAGCGAGCCGAGGCCGUCGUCAAGGGCGUUGUGCGCCAGGCGGUGGAGCAGCGUCGCAGCAGCACAAUGGCCGAGAGGGGUCUCCUCGUCUGCGGCGGCGGCGGCGGCGGCAGUCGGUCGGCGCCCGUCAGCGAACCAACUUCGCCUGUGCUCAGUCCCCUUACCGCGGCGGCGGCGGCUGCGGUUGCUGCUGCUACUGCCGGCUCAAACCCUGUCGGCGAGAUUGCUGCUGACUCGCUCCGGGAUCCAACGAGGCAAUGGGAGGCGACGCUCGCCCAGCCAGAGACGGCCACGGCCUUUAUGGAGGGUGCCUCGGAGCUGGCAAAGGACUGGGCCAAUGGCUUCUAUGCCUAUGAGCGGAGCUGGGCUGGCGAUGCUCUGCGCAGGGAGAAGAGGAGGCUGAGCGGCGAGGAUGACGGGUCCGAGGAAGAAGGAGCCGCUGCCAGCACCACAGAGGCUGGUGACGAAGAGGUGCGAAAGCGGAUGAGGAGGACCAAGAGCAGCGAAGGCUUGCGGCGCCAAUCGGGCUCGGACUGCCCCGUCUUUCGCGACUCGUCGAGCCCUCGAGCAGAGCGAGAAGCCGAGGAGGAAGAGGUCAGCGGUCUCAAGAAGAAGACACGAUCAGUGUCAUUCAAGCUCGUCGUGGAUGACGACGAUGACGACGAGAUGGGAAGAAAGAACAAGGAAGAGGAAGAGGAAGAGGACAAAGAAGGGGAGGAAGAGGAGGAGGAGGAGGAGGAGGAGGCAGGAGAGGGGCAGCAGCAGCUCGAUAAGGUCGCCGUGAGGUCGACAAGCACCUCGAGCGCCGACGAUGCCAAGUCUGCAUCUGCGCCAGCGGGAGGCGGUUUGGUGGGCGUGCUCAAUGAGUUUGCGAGCCUGCUCGAGACUCGUCAGGAGACGUGUCAGGGCCUGGAGAAGCUGGCCAGAGACGCAAGGGAGCUGGCUGGAACUCGUCUCGAGCCCGUCGUACGCGUCACGGCGUCGGCGCCGCCCGAGCUGGAUGUAGCCAGGGGUGCCAAGAUCGGCGAGGACGGCGACGAGGACGACGACGUGGAUGAUGAAGAGGAUGAAGAGGGUCUGCAGGAGGAAUAAUGAAGCCUCGUGCACCACUCAUCACGCCUAGGAACUCUCCCUUCAUGUACACUACACUGCUGCGACCACGAUACAUGCGCUAUCUCUCCCUCACAUUUACGAAGCAUUAAUUGAAUUGUUUAUUGCCAUGCUAUUGAGUGGUGUUGUUGCUACUGUCCUUGCGGCCAACCUGCGCCUGCGCAAGGAGCUCGUCGAGUGUGGCUCCCCGUGCGCCAUCUUCGUUGCCAAAGCGGACCUCGUGGGCUAUUCUCUU